AGAAGAAAAAAUUGUACCAGAUACAUCGUUUUCAUACUUGAAUGCAGAUAUUAAAGAGAUCACUCAUACGUCCUCUACUUUUUAAGUAAAUCUUGUUGGAAAUUACUGUCCACGUGCUCACUACUGGAGCAUCGACGUUUGAUAAACGUUUGAGCAUGCAGACAAGGCGGGUGUCAUUCUUCAAGUACAUAUAAAGCCACCAAGGGAGCAUCGGUUGGUUUCUUUUGAUCGCGUGCACUCGUUAAAAGAACUGCUUUCAAGUGUAAGAGUAUCAAAGUUCAAAGUUGUGUUGUCGCCAGACAUAUAUAAGAUUAGACUUCGUGCCUGAGAUAACAGGCUGAAAAUAUUAAAAAUACAUACUUCGGUGGCAUUAGUAAAUUUAAAAAUUCAAAAUGUCAAUUGUUGCACACCAAAAUGGAUUAGAUAAUAAGCUUAAAAAAAACUUAUUAAAUAGCAAAUCCGAAUUAAGUGACCACGAAGAAUAUCAAUAUCUCAACCUAAUUAAAGUAAUAUUGGAAAAAGGUGCUGUAAAAGAUGAUCGUACCGGUGUUGGCACCCAUUCUAUUUUUGGUGCACAAAUGCGAUUUAAUUUAAGAGACGGAGUAUUUCCAUUACUCACAACAAAACGAGUAUUUUGGCGUGCAGUUGUUGAGGAAUUGCUGUGGUUUAUCAGAGGCUCCACUAACGCGAAAGAACUAUCCGAUAAAGGUGUCAAAAUUUGGGAUGCCAAUGCAUCUAGAAAGUUUCUCGACUCAUUGGGUUUCAUCGAUAGAGACGAAGGAGAUUUAGGCCCGAUUUAUGGCUUUCAAUGGAGACAUUAUGGUGCAAAAUACAUCGACAUGUAUACAGAUUAUACAGGCCAAGGUUUUGAUCAGCUGGCGGACGUUAUAGACAAAAUUAAAAACAACCCCAAUGACAGGCGAAUCAUUAUGAGUUCUUGGAAUCCAAUAGAUAUACCGAUGAUGGCUCUCCCACCCUGUCAUUCGCUCUCGCAAUUCUACGUGUGUAACGGCGAAUUAUCUUGUCAUCUUUAUCAAAGGGCAGGUGAUAUGGGAUUGGGAGUUCCUUUCAAUAUUGCUUCGUAUGCCCUACUUACUUGCAUGAUUGCUCACGUGACUUUCUUAAAGCCUGGAGAGUUUAUUCACACUAUUGGAGAUACGCAUGUGUAUCGUAACCAUGUUGAGGCAGUACAGGAGCAAAUAUUACGCAAGCCAAGGCCAUUUCCGAAACUCAGAAUAACGAGAGAUGUUAAGGACAUUGACGACUUUGAGUUCACCGAUUUUCAACUAGAAAAUUACAAUCCACAUCCUAAACUCUCUAUGCCAAUGGCUCUUUAGAAAGUUACCCAAAUUGUGUAGAUAAUUCCAUCUUUUUUAUAUCUUUUAAUUUAAUCGUAAUUUUGAAUUCGCAAUGACGAACAGCCAUUGUGAUUGUACAUACAUUCAUAAUUUAAGUUUAAUUCGCCUAUUAAGACUAAUUUUAAAUGCUAUAAAUAAAACAUGUG